AUGCCACCAGAGGAUGAGCCGCAAGCCACUGCUGCUGCUGCUGCAGCCGAUGGCAGCAGCGGCACCCACAGACCGCUGUGCAAAAACAGCAGCAACAAUAGUGGAAGCAGCAGCAACAGGAGCACAAGCAACGCGAGCAGCAGCAGCAGCAGCAGCAGCAGCAGCAGCAGCAGCAGCGGCAGCGGCAGCAGCAGCGAGCAUGGAGCUGCUGAGGGCGGCACAGUGGGAGACGCCCAGUCGAGCAGCCGCAGAGCUGUUUACAGUAAUGGCGAAGGCAGCAGCAACAGCGACUGCAGCAGCAACUGCAACAGCAGCAACAGCAGCAGCAGCAGCAGCAGCGACAGGAGAGACGAUGCCGCAGCCGGUCUUGUGCCUCCAGCAGCUGCUGCUGCAGAACAAGCCAUGCCUGUUGUGGGUACCGCUGAAGAGCCCAGCAGCAGCAGCAGCAACAGCAGCAGUAGCAGCAACUGCAGCAAUGACAGCAGCAGCAUUGCGGGUACUACACCCAACGACAGCAGCAGUAACAGCAGCAACAGCAGCAGCAGCAGCCUUGACCCUCACACUAAAGGACUUGCUACUUUAGGCCUACCGGGAGAUGCCUUGAGCAGCAACAGCAGCAGCAGCAGCAGCAGCAGCAGCAGCCAGUGGAAUGGCCCCCGCGGAGACGGAGCUAAUAACAUUGAAGCAUCGGCCAGCACAUUUGCUGCAGUCGCUGUUAUAGUUGCUGCAGCAGCAGCAAGAGCUGCAGCAGCAAAUGCAGCAGCAGCUACUGCAGCAGCAGCAGCUACUGCAGCAACAGCAGCAGCACCAACGCAAGCAAGUACACCAGCGACGACACCAGCAGCAGCAGCGCCGACAGCUUCUGCAGGGGAUGCAGCAGCAGCAGCAGGAGCAGCAAGAGCUAGUGUUGAAGACCGCAGCAGCAGCAGAAGCAGCAGCGAAGGCAGCAGCAGCAACAACUGCGAAGGCAUCAUUAACGGCGUACGCAGCAGUAUUAGCAUCACUAGCAGCAACGAAGACAACAGCAGCAGCAACAGCAACGGCGACACCACCGCAGCCCCACCCAGCCGGCCCCGCGCUGAACGGCCCGCAGUUUCGCCGACUCGAAGGAACAGAUUUCUGCCGCAAGGAGUUUCUUUUUCUUUUGGGGUUUUUCCUUUUAAUGUUGGCUUCUCCUUUGCUGGCGAUGCUGCUGCUGCUGCUGCUGCUGCUUCCUUCGGCAGCAGAGACACUUUUGCCCACUCUCCCCAGUGGCGCCCAGCAGUAGCAGCAGCAGCAGCUGCUGCAGUAGAACCAACAGCAACUGCUGCAGCAUUAGCAGCAACGACAGCUGCUGCACCAUCAGCAGCAGAAUCAGGAGCAGCAGCGUUCGCAGCGGAAGAGGCAGCAGCAGCGGUAGCCAUGCCCAUUACCUGCGGCAGCAGCAGCAGUAGCAGGGCAGCAGGGGCAGCAGCAACAGCAGCAGCAGAAGCUAGUGGAGCAGCAGAUGCAGCAGCAGCAACUGCAACAGUGGCAGCAGCAGCAAAAGUGACAGCCGCAACGACAGCAGUGCCCAUACAAGCGCGAGCAGCAGCAGCAGGAUAA